GGGCGGACGCCGGGCGCAGGGAGCAGAGCAGAGGGGAGCGCCGCGCACCCCGUCGCGCCCCGGUGCACGUCCAGCCCUCCGCACAUGCAGCGCAGCCUCUCGCCGAUUGUAUGGUCCAGGCCUCGAUGAGGAGCCCAAAUAUGGAGACGUUCAAACAGCAGAAGGUGGAGGACUUUUAUGACAUCGGAGAGGAGCUGGGCAGUGGCCAGUUUGCCAUCGUGAAGAAGUGCCGGGAGAAGAGCACGGGGCUGGAGUAUGCAGCUAAGUUCAUCAAGAAGAGGCAGAGCCGGGCCAGCCGUCGGGGCGUGUGCCGGGAGGAAAUCGAGCGGGAGGUGAGCAUCCUGCGGCAGGUGCUGCACCCCAACAUCAUCACGCUGCACGACGUCUAUGAGAACCGCACCGACGUGGUGCUCAUCCUUGAGCUAGUGUCCGGAGGAGAACUGUUUGAUUUCCUGGCCCAGAAGGAGUCGUUAAGUGAGGAGGAAGCCACCAGCUUCAUUAAGCAGAUCCUGGAUGGGGUGAAUUACCUUCACACAAAGAAAAUUGCUCACUUUGAUCUCAAGCCAGAAAACAUCAUGUUGUUAGACAAGAAUAUCCCCAUUCCACACAUCAAGCUGAUUGACUUUGGCCUGGCUCAUGAAAUAGAAGAUGGAGUUGAAUUUAAAAACAUUUUUGGGACUCCUGAAUUUGUUGCUCCAGAAAUCGUGAACUAUGAGCCACUGGGACUGGAGGCUGACAUGUGGAGCAUUGGAGUCAUCACCUACAUCCUUCUAAGUGGAGCGUCCCCCUUCCUGGGAGACACAAAACAAGAAACCCUGGCAAAUAUCACUGCUGUGAGUUACGACUUUGAUGAGGAAUUCUUCAGCCAGACAAGCGAGCUGGCCAAGGACUUCAUUCGGAAGCUUCUUGUGAAAGAGACCCGGAAACGGCUUACCAUCCAAGAGGCUCUCAGACAUCCCUGGAUCACGCCGGUGGACACCCAGCAAGCUAUGGUGCGCAGAGAGUCCGUGGUCAACCUGGAGAAUUUUAAGAAGCAGUAUGUCCGCAGGAGGUGGAAGCUGUCCUUCAGCAUUGUCUCCUUGUGCAACCACCUCACUCGCUCCCUGAUGAAGAAGGUCCAUUUGAGGACAAGCGAGGACCUGAGGAACUGUGAGAGUGACACAGAGGAGAACAUCGCCAGGAGGAAAGCCCUUCACCCCCGGAGAAGGAGCAGUACCUCCUAACUGGCCCAGCUUGCAGUGGCUGCCAGGGAGGUCCAAGUUCCUGCGGCCCUGCUGUGCAAGCUCCCGGACCCUGCUUGACACCAGGAUCCAGACAUUCUUUGUUCCUGAGCACUUUGCAAGAGAGAGGAGUCUGCAGGACUCAGAACUUUCCGGAGACCCUGGGAGUUGUGGCUGUCUCCCGGUGGGGAGCCUCCAGCAUUCCUCUGGCUUGUAGUUCUCCAGAAAACUGGCUUUCAUCUGUCUGCUAACCUCAGAAGCUGGGAUUGGGUGUGGACCUAGGAAAUGGAUCUCAAGGAGUAUCGUUGUUUUUUUUUUUGUUGUUGUUGUUUUUGUUUUUUUUUUUAACCACAGGUUAAAGGUCAGAUUUAGGCAGCUUUCCUCACAGAGCCUACCCUGUCAAGCUCGUGAGUGAAGACUCUCUAGAGGGAGGGACCAAUCCUGUGACUUACCAGAAUCCAUAAGGAGUCAGGCUGUCUAACGUCAGACUGUGUCUGCCAGCCUCUUGCCAGCCCACUGUGUUGUAGGUUUUUCCUUGUUUUUAUUAUUAAACUUCUUGUUUAUCUAA